AUGGCUCCGAAUAUUCGUACCGAUGACGUCGCCAAGCUCGGUGCCAUUGUCGUCGGCUCGGGCCUCGCGGGUUUAUCAGCGGCAAGUCAAUUAAUCUCACAUGAUAUUCCAGUCCGCCUUCUUGAGCGCGCAGCAAAACCUGGAGGCAAUUCCAUAAAGGCAUCUUCCGGCAUCAAUGGUGCCCCGACAAAGUAUCAACCCGUUGCGGACGAUGCAUUUUAUGCGGAUACGAUCAAGUCGGCAGGCAAGGCCAUGUCCGCACUAACAGCACAUCGCGAGAAACUUAUCAGCACCUUGACCAACUCUUCUUCGGCUGCUGUAUCGUGGUUGGUUGACAACAAAGGAAUAGACCUUAGCAGGGUAGCUCAGCUUGGUGGCCACACUUUCCCGAGAACGCACCGUGGAGCCGGACAAACACCACCAGGGUUUUCAAUUGUUAGCACUCUACUCAAAUCCUUAAAGGAAUCACCACUUUUCCACUUACAGACAUCAUGCACCGUUACCAAGGUCCUCCAAGCGGAUCACCGUGUAACAGGUGUUGAGUACGCAUGCGAAGAUGGGGAGAAGCAGGAGCUUCACGGGCCUGUUAUUUUCGCCGCAGGAGGAUUUGGUGGCGAUGCAGAAGGACUGCUUGCGAAAUAUAGACCCGAUCUCGCUGGGUAUCCGUCAACAAAUGACCCGCGGCCAGGCACACAACCAAUUUUGACGGCGUUGGGGGCUCAACUCGUUGACAUGGAUCUAGUGCAGGUACAUCCGUCCGGGUUCAUCGACCCUACAAAUCCAUCUUCGCCUCUUAAAUUCCUUGCUGCAGAGGUUCUGCGAGGAGAAGGUGGCUUGCUUCUUAUAAAUGGGAAGCGCUUUAUAAACGAAUUGGAAACACGCGAAAACGUCACCAACGCCAUUGUUGCGACGGCUCCGACUUCAGAAUUGCCAAAACAAUGGACAGUCCAGCUUGUUUUAGAUGAGGGAGCAUACAAUGCGGCAAAAUCGCACAUUGAUUUCUAUAUAUUCAAAGGGCUUAUGAAAAAAGCCACUAUCGCGGAUUUAGACGACGGUGCACUCGAGUCGAUUCAACAAUACGCAGCUUCAGCAGCCGGAGAACAGGUAGACUCGUUCCAUCGAACGUCUUUCGCAAAUUGGGCGCUAAAGGACCCGACUCCUGAUUCUGUAAUCUAUACUGGGAUCGUAACUCCUGUUGUGCAUUUUACCAUGGGUGGGGUUUUAAUAAGUAGCAAUGCGGAAGUAUUAAAGGAAAAUGGAGAAAAGAUUGAAGGGCUCUGGGGAGCAGGGGAAGUUACUGGCGGUGUUCACGGCGGAAACAGGCUGGGUGGUUCCUCACUUUUGGAAUGUGUCGUUUUUGGAAGAACUGCAGGGGAUCAAUGUGCAGAAUAUAUCAAGAGUAGUUCUGUAUAA